AGAGAGGUUUGUUUUGUUUAUGUGUGGAGAGGUGGUUGCAGUCAGUGAUGAUUUUACAACACGCUGUCUCCUGCUGUUUAAAAUAUUUAGGCUGGGAUGAAAUGUUUUCUAAUAAUUAGUGAUUUUUGUGUUUGUUUAUUACCUGCACGGAGUUCCGUGUAAAGGAAAGCAUCCCUUUUCUGUGUUGAAUUUCACACACAGAGCGGAGCGCGUCAGUCGCAGCUACAGACAAGUCGAGCUUUUCAAUGAGAUGAUUUACUGAGAAACAAACGCGUUGAAGCUCCAGCAGAGCUCUGCGCGAUUCUGAAAGACCAAAGUAAAGUUACUCCUUGCAAAGACUGUUGUUUGUGUUCUUUCUUUAUCACACCAGAAGAAGUGAUGAAUAUAUUUGAAUGGGAAGGCUACAGUACAAAAUAAAUAUUAAUAAAUAAAAAACGCGGUGUUUCUGAUUGAAAAGAGGAUUCUGCUAGACCAGUCUGAAACUCAAACCAGUGAAGAUGGACGCGUCAGUGUGUCCGUGUCGCUCUUUCAAGACGAGCUCGCCUCUACCAUCGAGCACGCAGUGAAAGCGGCUCUACACACCGUCUUGUGUGCGAUUACUAAAGCUGUCGGCAGCAAAUUCACUGAAUUCAGAGUGGAAAUGGAAAAAAAAGGAGAAAGAGAAUGAAAGUGAAGCUGAGAUUGGAAAUAUCAGAGACCGAGCUGAAAGCUGUGCGAGCGUGUAUAAACGCUACAGAUGCAGACACUAAACAACCUUUAAUAUUUCAAGAUCCCAUAGAGAGCCACACUAUCCCUGAAUCUGAAGCACAGGAAGGGCUAAAGAUAGAAGCAGUUUACACACAAGAGGAGUCCUUUGAGCAGGAGUGCUGUGCAAGUCUAAUGCAGGUUAUAGAGCUGGCAUGUGUUAAAGAUGAAGAGGUCCCUGAACAGGAAUGUGUUCCUAUUAAAGAGAAAUUCAUAGAGCAGGAAUGUGUCCCCAUCGCAGAGGAACUUCCUCAUGAAAAUCAUGUCUGUACACUUCAGGAGAACAAGAAGCUGGGAUCCAACCUGUGUGAUGACUCUCCAUCUGAAUGUGAACUGGGAUUCAGAGCUUCUAAAGUAGAUGAAGGAGAACACGACUCCACUCUAUCACCCCAGUGCAAAAACUCUUCUAGAGGCAAACCACAGUGCAAGAAACACAGAGAAAUGACACCCCAAGAAGAAAAUGUGAAGACAUUGAGAACUCACUCAGUUACAAUCCCUUCUUUACAAGACAGACACCCACUUACUGUGGAGAGUACAGAGAUGGCACAUUCUGUAUGUUAUAAUAAUAUUGAAUCCCAGGGCAACUUGAAGACCUUGCCUCAUUCUAUUGAAGGUGGGAAGAGUUCCUGUCAAUUAGACGCUCCUGAAACUCACAAGGGAAAUCCCACAGGAGGGACUACGUUUUCUUGGGCUGAUUGUGGGAAGAGUUUCAAUCAUAUAUCACUGCUUAAAAGACACCAGCGCGUUCACACAGGAGAGAAACCUUCCCACAUACAGACCAGUGAUAAGAGUUUCACACAGUUAGGAAAUCUUCAUUCACACCAGCACAUUCACAUAAGAGAGAAACCUUAUCACUGUUCUGUUUGUGGGAGGAGAUUCAGUGACUUAGGAUCCCUUAAAAGGCACCAGCGCAUUAACACAGGAGAGAAACCUUAUCAUUGUGCUGUUUGUGGGAAGAGAUUCAACCAGUUAGGACAUCUUAAAAGACACCAUAACAUUCACAUAGGUGUGUAAUCCUAUCCCUGCACUUAGUGUGAAGAAGUGAAGUCAGUUGCAGACUUACAGGACUAGAGAACAUUCUCAGAAAUGCAGACACUUGGGGACAACUAAACAACAGGAGUGCAUUUGACUAAACACAGAAAUAUUAACUGAAAACAGAAGUGGCUUGAUAAAUCUGGUCACCCCUAAUCACAAUUUGUUCAGAUCAAAAACUCACCAAAAUCUGUGUUCAUCAUGUUGUUGAGCAUUCUGAUUGUGUUACAUCACAUUAGUAAUAUAUUAAAUAGAUUGUUAUUAUGAGUGCAAGUUUCUCUUUUUCCUCCUGCAUUGCUCAGCCUCUUGCAGUGUGUUGUGUGGAAUCUUCUCUGAUACCAUGGUGAAUCUGUGGUACCUCAAGACGCAGCACAGUAUACCACAGUUAUCAUGCGGGCAGCUUGAAGUGGAAAAUCAACACUGUUUCCAGCAGGGUGCACCAGAGAGCUUUUAGCACGUUAAUGGGCUGCAUACCAUUGCUUCUUAACAAGGUGAUUUCUGCUCCUGAUGUGCUGAAUACUCCCCUCUCUCUCUAGUACUGGUCACUCUGCUGUGCUUGAAAGAGUGACUACAGUUAACUUCAACUUUUUAAAACCUUUAGUAUCCUCUAGUCUUUUUUUUUGUUCUAGACUGAAUAGAUUUAGUUCCCUCAACUGUUCUCUCAACAUAUUUAGGGUUGGUUGAGUGUACAAGGAAAACAACUGACUCUGGAGAGGAGUUACCAAUCAAUGCCAGCACACUGGAGAUCCAGAAUUCAGAACACAGAACCAGGGAGGACAUUCGGCCCAUCAGUGCAGCAGCUUAUUGAUCUCAAACCUGUUAAGUCGGGUCUUAAAGGAUACCAGCCCUAACAACAUGACUUGGUAACCCAUUCCAUCCCCUCACCACACUCUGUGAGAAGGUGUCUCCUACCCUCUGUCCUAUGGCUAUCCACACUUAAUUUCCAACAGUGCCCUCUGACCCUGGUGUCAGUGCUAUGCUUGAGGUAUUAGUUUGCGUUAACUUUGUCAACACCUUUCAAGUUUUUAAAGACUUCAGUCAAGUCCGCCUAAUUGUUCUGUGUUCAAGCUAAACAAAUUCAGUACCCUCUUCACAGCUUGUUCCUUUAAGCCCCGGGAUUAGUCUUCACCUUUAUGAUUGCUUCCCCGUUGCUGGUAGAAAUGAGUCUAUCACAACACCAAGGUCUUUCUCUCACACACACUGUGUAUUUCAAUCCUACUUUUUUCCUACUAAAAAGAGACUUGGUAAUACAUUUGUGAAAUGUUUCAAUAAGAAACAUGCACUCCACACCGUACAGCAGCUGACUGAUUUGCUAAUGAAAAGAAGCAGCUCAACCACAACACCUGGUAUAAUGAACAUGUUUGUGAGCCAGGUGUUUGCAGUGCUGUACUGUAGAUAUGAAAUUCCAGAGAAUGCUUCAUUUUGCAUGACUGAUAACUAAUCAUUCUAUUGCCUUUAAUACUGUAUAUGGGGCCACCUGUCUGCACUUGCUGAUCCCAGCACUGAUCCUGCACUGUGUUAAGAGAACAAUGGAGAUCAGUGACACUGUGUCAAUAGAUUUGGAUCAUAGGGUAUAGAGGAAAUAGUUUUCAGGUGAAGUAUGGAAAUUUGGAAGAGGAGGGCAUCACACAGUAUCACAGUGUAGAGAAAGAAAGGGUCCUUGAUGAGGGUUUAGUGGUGAAGGAGUGCAUUUGCCUGGGAGAGGGUAUAAAACAGAGCAGGGUGGAGGGACCAGAGCAGCUGAAGAGUGGAAAAGCAGCAUCAGCACCUUGUCAAGAUGAAAGCCUGGACUACAAGAGCCAUUCUCCUCUCGGUCCUGACAGCAUUGCUUCUGUCAGGGGCUGAACUCAGCAACACUUUGGAAGACUCAGAGGAGCAGGAAGGAGCACUGGAGAACAAGAGAGCGCUGGAGGCAGAGGAUUCAGGCAACAGUGAUGCUGAGCUGGACAGUGAUGGACUCAAAGGAGAGCGGGAGUUGGGAGACAAUAUGAUGGAGAAAAGAGCUGACAUGGAUUCUGAAGUGGUCCUGACACAGUCCAUGGUAGUGAAGAAGGGUGCCCUGUCCAAAAGAUACUACAGAAGUAAGUGUGUGUCUCUCUGGAGCUGGCUCCUGGUUUGGUUGAACUGCAUGGAUUGUAGACUGAAGGUCAAUUGAUUGAAGACAUUGAGAAACACUUCAGUAUUACAGCAUAUUCUACCAUGGAGUGGUUUCAUAGUUCUGGACAGACUGGAGGAAACACUUUGAAAUGAGCCCCUUGGUGUCUUCAUUAAGCCUGUAACAGCUAUCAAAAUCAACCGAUAUUCUCAGAGGAACAGAAAACAUUCCAGUAAAUGGAACACAAACAUGAAUAUAAAGUGAACUAUUAAAUCCAAUAACCACUGUUUCUGUUUUUCUUUUUCUUUGGAACAGCUUACUGUUGUAAGUAUU